AUUCUGGUGGGCGGGGCAUGUACGGAGUCUCCGCCUCCUUCUCCUCCUCCUGCUCUCACAGUUCAGAUCUUCAGGCGGAGAGUUGCUGGUCCGGGCGGUAGAAGUUCAGAUUCAACAUGGUGGUCCUUUCCAAAGAACAUGGAUAUGUGCUCCUCACAGGGGCAGCCAGCUUUGUUAUGGUGGCUCAUCUGGCUAUCAAGGUGUCAAAAGCUCGCAAGCAGUAUAAUGUAGAGUAUCCUAACAUGUACAGUGAUGACCCAGAAAAUGGAAAGAUCUUUAACUGCAUACAGCGGGCACAUCAAAAUACUUUGGAAUCAUACCCUCCCUUUUUAUUCUUCCUUGCUGCUGGAGGACUUACACAUCCGCGUGCUGCUAGUACUAUGGGAGUUGUAUGGAUUAUUGGCAGAGAACUUUAUGCCGCUGGAUACUCUACAGGUGAUCCAAAGAAACGUGUAAGAGGAGCCGUUAGUUCUUUUGCCCUCCUUGGUCUGUUUGGUUCUACAGUAUGCUCCGCCUUCAAAUUACUUGGCUGGUCCUUUAACCCAAAGACAUGGGUCUAACCAGGAAACGACAGCAGAUGGGACCAAAUGUGCUGAUUUCUCCCGUCAGGGAUAAAAAUAAUACCUUAUGAAAAUGAUUUAUGGUGUUCUAAAAUUAAUCUGUAUUUUCUAAAUAAAAAUUUUAAAAAGUUAA